UAGAGACAUUGCAUUUCGUCCACUCUGUUUAAGUAAAGAAGGACUUCGACUUUAGUGGCUGGAAAGCACAAUAUCAAAUAGCAAUAGACUCUGCAGAAGUCUACAUUCUACUCUUCCCAUGACUGAGCAUUGUCUGCCUCUCCAGGAAAUACUGCCUGCUCCAGAGGAUCAGGUCUAAAGAAGACGGCAGAAUUGUAUUUCAAAGCUGCUGUCGGCGGUGUAUGCACACUAGCAGACAGGCAGGGACAGGUGCUACAUUCGGAGAAAGGAGGAGCAAAUCAAAGAGGAGACAAGCCGCACUGCUUCACAGAAGAAUUCUGAAACAGCUGUCCGGCAGACGUCCUGCCUGCUAGAAGUAAAACCCUCAAGGGCAGAAGCAGGGAGAGAGUGAGAGAGAGAAGCUGAAAACGGCAACACACCGCACCACCCAGAAGCAGACUACAGUUCGUCAACCACAGUGUGAGCAAACAGGGACAUUAAUCUUCAAAGACACACAAUCAGGUAAAGGACAUUAAUCCAAACAUUUGGGCUGGAUUGUCUUCACUAAGGGUUGUGGACACAUUUAAAACAGCUGCUCUCUGAGAAUGUAACCCCUGCCCUUCCCUUGGGAGACUUCGGCAAGUUUAUCACCCAGCUGAGGAAUUCUGUUAAAGAGUGUGUCCCUUUCAUUUCCAUACCUGCUGGACUCUUCCAUAGCAGGGAUGCCCGCCAAAAUGCCCAUCUACCUGAAGUCCACCAAUAGUAAGAAGGGAAAGAAAUGUCGUUUGAGGGACAUCUUGUCCCCUGACAUGAUCAGUCCUCCUCUUGGGGAUUUUCGACACACUAUCCACAUUGGUAAGGGUGGCGAAUGCGAUGCCUUCGGUGAUAUGUCGUUCCUACAAGGAAGAUUUGAGCUUCUACCUGGGAAAGGUGGUUUUAUUCGGCCACAAUAUAACAAAAAUGGGGAGUUUACGAGGGCCAACAGCGCCUCCGAAGCCUCUUAUGUCGAAACUCCAUCACCAGUCCUGAAAAAUGCCAUUUCCCUUCCAAGCAUUGGUGGAAGCCAAGCACUGACCUUACCUCUGAUCUCCACCACUGUGUUUCCCAUAACUCAGAAUACUCUGGACAACCUAGAUGAGCUAUCUACUCCUCCAACUGGUUCUGAUGUGAAUGAAGAUCUGGAGAUCCUGCAGAUGGAGACCUUUCUUCAGUCAAUCAGCGUCUUCAGAAGUGACCCCAGCCCCGUUCCGGAAGAGAACGAAUGCUCAAUCAACUUUGUGGAGAUACCGGAGAAGUCACCUGCCAAAAAGAAGAAGAUCCACAACAGUGAAAAUGAUCUUGAGAAGUUUUUAUCCAUCUUCGUUAACAAGGAUACUGAUGCCAAUGGGAAUUUCAGCAAUGGUAAAAAUCACAACAACAGCGACUCGGUCUUCCAGUACAAGCAGGAGUUGUUUGACAUCAAGGGCGAUUGGGCGGACAGAGAUAGUGGGGUGGAAGAGGUUUGUUUAUGUGAUUCAGACUUUGAGAUCUCCAAAAGCAAAAGCCACUCACAGGAGUCGCUCACACAAAUCACAGGAUCCCUUUGCUCGCUUGAACUCGACUUAGGCCCUUCCAUUUUGGAUGACAUACUCAAUAUCAUGAAUAAGCCUGUGCAGUAGACCGUGACUUUGACUGAGAACCAGAAGAGAAUCUAAUUUGCUUGUACCCACUGAGAGACUUGCUAGUCAAAUGAAGAUAUACUAUGUGACAUGGCAAUGUUGGGUGUUCAUUUUAAAAUGAACUGAAGAGACUGAACUGACUUUUGUUUCUCAGAAAUACUCCUUUUUCAGUUUGUUAUCUUUAGCUUCAGAGCGAGGAAUUCACUAAGAAGGAACUGCAGCUGCUGAUGCGUUUAUUUGCACGCUGACUGCAUAGUCUUAGCACAUGAUUCACUGAAAGGAAUUAUGCAAAUCAAGAAACACACCCAAAAAUGUUUGAGUGGUUCCGAGUUUUUGGUUGUGGAGGAUGCAGCAUACUUUACUGGGACUAUACAGCAUGUUCUCCAUCAUAUAACUCAUUAUUGCCAUGAAAUCAAAAGAAACACACAAUCAUCACUUUUAAAUACAAUUUUGUUUAAAAUAAUACAGUGUUAAUUGCGCCAGGCAAAUAGCAUUUUUUUAGAAUCAGGUGCAUUCUAUAACAAGACUCAUUUGCACUGAAAAUUAUGACAAUUGUUAAUUUUAAUAUGCCUGGCGCAGGGAUAAACCUGCACAUAUAGCGGCCUAGCCAAGUUGGACUGCGGGUGUAUAAUAACAUGCAGGUUUUUACGCUGAAGUCGUGCAACAGUUUAGUGAAUUCUCCCAGUGUCUCUGCAUACCUUGUUUUUCUGUUUGGGACAGAGCAUAAAAUUAACAACACAGCCAUUGUGCCUUUUAAGUGGCACAACACAAGCAGUUUUAGCAUGUGAAGACAUCAAUGCUAUUGUAAAUGCAUAAACAUUUUUAUUAGUUCUGUUUACAGUUGUUCAUGCACGACGUCCUUAACAUCAAAUAACAGUGAGUGUGAUAACAUUUUAUCAUCCAGAUGCCUGUGUAAAUUUAUGCAAACAUAUACAAACAUGACUCAUCACAAAACCAAUUCAUGCACCAAUAUAUUUAUACUGACUGUUUCAAUAACUACACUACCAAAUCCUAUAUGUACUGUAUAUACUUUAAAGCAUAUAUGUUUGUAUGUUGUGAAGCUAAAUAUGAAAUAAAUAAAUGAAUGA